UUUUAUUCUGCUGGUGUGUAAAACCAGUAAAACCCUGACGUGUUAUCAUUUUUCUUUUUGCCUUAUCAUCACCGCCACUCUACAGCCCCCUGCUACCCAUUCUAUAAUCUGCAAAUUGCAAUGUUCUAGAUGUAUAUGAUAUUGGACAAUAAUAAACACCAGUAAGCAGCAGAGAUGGAAGAUACAACACCCCUGCUAAACCAUAGUAGUGGAGAUCAUAUAUGUGUGUAUCGCAGACGGUGGUACAUCCUCGCAGUGUACGGCAUAUUGUCUUUCACCCAAGCUGCAGUAUGGAACACCUGGGGCCCCCUGUCUACCACCUGUGAGGAGGCGUUUGGCUGGCAUGUCAGCACCAUAGCAUGGAUGAGUAACUGGGGGCCCAUAGCCUACAUCACCACAGGCUUCUUCUUUUUCUGGCUACUGCAGGCCAAAGGUCUCAGACCAGCUGUGUUGGUUAGUGCGUUUCUCCUGGCUGUAGGCACAGUUCUGCGAGUUAUAACAUCUGACCCAGAGGUUGCCACUUUGCUGAUUCACGUGGGGCAGUUUCUCUGUGGCCUCUCCGGGCCUAUUGCCUUUGCUUGCCCCCCUACAAUAUCUGCCCUCUGGUUCCCCCCACACGAGAGGGUCACUGCUACGUCUAUUGGCUCCAGCGCUGGUCUGUUUGGCAUUGCCAUUUCUUUUAUUAUAGGUCCUGCAGUGGUUGGAAGCUAUGUUGAAGUGGUCAAUGAAUCAGAUGUAUUACGCGAUCAGCUUAACCAAGUUACAAGUGUUAAAGGUUUAUCUCUCAGAGUACAUCAAGAGAGAAUGGGGAUAAUGCAGUUCAUGUAUUAUGAAUGUAUUUGGUCAAUUGUAACGUUCCUGCUGAUCCUGUGUUACUUCCCUUCAAUGCCACCACAUCCUCCUAGUGCCUCUGCUAUUGUUGAGAGAGAGAGUUAUUGGAGUGGACUAUGGUCACUCAGGCACAAAAGUUACUUUCUUGUAAUGGCUUUCAUCUAUGGUAUCUCCACUGGUGUAUUAAACGGCUGGUACACAGUGCUGAAUGUAAACCUGAGCAAUCUGAACAUCAGUGAGAGUCAAGCUGGCUGGAUUGGGUUCUAUUCCACAUUGAGCAGCUGUAUAUGUGCCUUGGUUGUAGGAAGAUUUGCUGAUACUUUUGUGAGGCGCAUGAAACAGUUAAUAUUGGUCAUCUUUGUACUGGCUGCUGUUUGCUUUCUGGUGUUUGCUCUCAUGCUAGCUCAAGUGCUGGACUAUUCUGAAGUUACUCUCUACUUUACACUGAUUGUUGGCUGCUCCUUGCUAAAUGCUGCCGUCCCUCUGAUGUGUGAGUUGUCCUGUGAACUGGCCUACCCCACCAGUGAGGGGGCAGCUAAUGGUUUCCUCACCUACCUGAACAGCGUAGCGGUCAUGUUGUUUCUUGUUGUCUUUUCCUUCCCUGAUGUUGGUACUGUAUGGAUAAACUGGGCUUUAAUUGGUGCAAUCAUCAUAUGUAUUCCACUCAUAGCCCUUCUGAAAGGGAGAUUUAACAGAUUGGAAAUAGAUGAAGAGUUACAACGAGCACUCUAUUUAACAAAAACUCAUGCAGCUUAAAGUUUAAAGGGUAAUACAAUAACAACGGUGAAAAAAUAAUAUCUCAUAAUCUGAUAAACAUUUUGGGAUUUGAAAAAACUGACUGAAUCCAAUGUUAAAAGUUGAAUUUAAUGUUACAGCAUUCUUUUUUUUUUAAAAAGCAAAUUGAAUUUUACACAAGGGAAACAACCCCUGUCUUGUUAAAUACAUUUUUCUGAUUUGAGUUGUACACUUUAGGCUUAUUUGAAGGUUUUAAAUAAUGUAGAAAAUAAAGGUUAGCAAAAAAACUUAAUUAUAUUUCAGAAUAUAUAAUGAGCCAGUUCCACAUAAUGUUAAAAGUCAGAUAAUUAAAAAAAAAUUAUCAAUACAACAAUGUUUUUCAAUUAACUUGAUUUAUGGAAGAAGUGGAUUUGCAGCCAUCAUAUUAACCUAAAUAUAAAUAUUUUAUGCAUAGAAAAAGAAAAUACUUAUUUUGUCUUAUAGUUUUGAGAUAAUCAAUGUGUUUAUUUUGGAAUUGCUUAUUUUGGCCAACAAUAGUUUAAAUAAACAACAUGCUUAUUUUUGUCAACAACAAUCUAUAUUUAGCUUCUAUUUUAGAGGUAUUUAGACUGUCAAGUUUAAGUAUGGUUGAGUGGAGUGUUUCAUCAAGGAUCCAGGUUCGGAGAUGAGUUUAGCUAAGAGUGAUUUUUUUUUUUAUUGCCUCAUGUUCUUACCGUUGUUGAAUAAAUUGAAAUUAUUGUUUAUAGUGCAAAUGACGUUAAUAAUAUAAUUUUUUAAACAUGUUAUAUCUUGGUUAGGGCUAGUGUAAAAGAUUAGGAAUUUUACAUAAUUCAAUACUUAUGGUCAAGCUUAAUAAUAAUACUGACUUCUAUCAAUGCAGGGAUUUAGAAUUGAAACUGAAUGAGGAAAUAAGCAUCUUUAACACCAUCUAUGUGUUUUGGAUUUUACCUCUGACAUUUUUUAUUACAGUAAUGCAUAUUUCCACUAAUCUGUUAGAGGAUGUAAGCACAGCGUUGAUUUCCUCAAAACUCUGUUAAAGGAAAUAAACACUUGUACUGAUUUUUUUCUAGUGGAAUCUUUAUUAGCAUCUUUUAUUUUUAGAUGUAGAUGUAAAUGCUUUUAGAAUUUCUGAGCUUCCUGUUUUACUGUUUUAACAAAACUACCAAAACAAAUCAUGAAUCUGCUUUGCAAAAGAAUUAAAAAUCAUCUCAAAAUUUGUUUUCUUUUUUUUUAAAACAUUUUUCUUUAAAUUUUCCCCUAAGGGAUGGUCAGGCUCUCUAAUAAGACAUGUUUUAAUUAAUGAAACUCACUUAAAAAUUCACUGCCUGCUGAUUCUUUCAUGUGUUUACAAGUCUUAUUUGAGUUUUUGAUCUGUUGAUAUAUUUUUAUAAAAUUGUUGUUCUAAGUGCCAUAAAUAUUUCUUGUUGUGAGUUAUUUAUAACUUUUAUGUGGCUAUUUUUAUCAAAGAUAUCUGUAUAUCUGUUCUAUCUAUUUAGAUGCUUUAACCAUAUUGUAUUAUGUUUUAAACUGUUUGUAUUUUAGUAUUUAUACUUACAUACCUACACACAUACAAACAUACAUACAUGACUUACUUAAGUCAAACAAGUAAAGAAGACUAAUAGGUCAAAUGCUUUUCAUUUUUGUGUAGAUCACAGCCUUUAAUUUUUAUUUAUUGACUUCCUUUUGGACCAAAAUAAUGUGUUCUACAAUUUUGUUUGUUGUAUUAUCUGACCAGAUUUAGCAAGGAUGAGUCUCACCAUGUGAUUAACUUUUCACAAUAUGUGGCCGUAUUUAUAUUUGUAUGACUCCUUUAGAGUAACAGGUGUAGAUAUUUUUAUGCUUACAA